UAUCCGAAAAUUAAGAACAUUUCGUGCAGAGCCUGCUUGGGACCAACGCGAUCAAAUACAACUACAUUCACAUUUUUAGCAUAAAUGGACAUGUGUUUGCAAUGGCUCAAUGACCCCACUUAGUGGGGUCUCCGAAACAGUCGGUCAAGACUAUCACAUUGAGCUCAUAUGCGUAUACGCUACAAAUGUAAGGUUCAUCCAAAUUUUGCCAAAUGAAAACCUCUGCUUAGUGUUUCUUGACAGUGGCAGUGUGGGCAUGUGGUAUGUGUCCAGUGUCCUUAAAAUCAAACAAAGUCAAAUUCAUCAGACUGGUUCUCAAUGGCUUGACUACGACACAAGCGACAAUGGCGACAUCUACUACACGGACGGCAAGCAGCUAGUGCGGCUAAGAUUCAAGUACAACAUUCAGAUUGACGAGUGCAUUGUCCACACCUUUAGAAUGGCAGUCCCCGGCGUCCAGGUCUGCAGUUGGCUAUACCACAGAGAAGAAUUGGUUUGCAGCCAGCUCUGCUGCAGAAAAACUUUCAGAUGGAGUAUAAAAAGCAGCAGCUCGUUUCUCCCACUCAGAGUCAAGGUCUUCACGCAGAUUGUAUAUUUGCAGUGUUAAAUGUUAUACUUGUCG